AUGUCGCGCGAUUCCACGACUGGCGGACACGCCGACCCGCAGGCCGGAUCAUCUACAAACGCUCAAUCAUCGACUUCACGAGCGCAAUCCCGCACUCUUGUCAUCACCACAUCAGUUUCCAGGCAGAUCGCUCUUCUUCCCGAUGAGCUGCUCCUUCAGAUAUUCGAGGCUGUAGGCCGAACCUCACGCAGCGACCUCUGCGCUGUGAGCCGUGUGAAUAGGGCCUGGCACGAGCUCGCCGACGCUAUUCUUUAUCGUCAAGUCCGUUUCGACGAUCCAGAGCAACACCUCGUCUUCUCGGAGUCGUUGAGUCGUCGCAUGCGCCGCGGCUCUGCCAUUCAGGAUGUCAGCCUUGAGUAUCCUUCUCACGAACUUUCGCAUCUGAGGCUCGAUGGGCCCAUUCAUGGCUCACACCACCCACCGACCCGCUUUGAAGCUCUAAGUCGAACCAUUAGCACCAUGAGCAACCUCGCAACCCUCGAGGUGUCCGUCCCCGUCACGCUGCUUCACGGAAUCGGCGCGCUGUUCAACGGCCCCUUCGAUUUGGCCUGUCUGAAGCACUGCACGUUAUUUUACCAAUGUCCUGACGAUGCUUAUUGGGACCUACGCGAGAAUGUUCACAUAUUUGCGCAUCCGACACUGGAGACCCUUGUCAUUAAAAAGGCGAAACUCGAUUACCGUGGCUUUGACCUCAUUGAGCGACCUCACGAGACGGCGCUUCAUAAGCUGCAUCUCAUCGAGUGCGACAUUAAUGAUGAUGCUCUUUCGGAUAUUCUCGAAUUUCCCGAGGGUUUGAAAGACUUUGUCAUGACGCAACUCGAACAGCCAAGUCCAGAACUGGAAGAGAGCUCGGACAACUUCAGCGACUACAUUUUGGCGUUAAAUUCACAAGCACAUUCGUUAGAGACUAUCACCAUUGACCACCCAUCUCUCUCUGGCAGGAAGCCUGUGAGAAUGAGGGACUUUGAAGCGGUGAAAUUAUUGAGGUUAAACUGGGACUACCAGCUUUUUGGCAAGUCAUCCAAGAAGCCUCGAAUGCACUCUGUUGGUCUUCCGCCCAACUUGGAAGAGUUGGAAUUCUUCAAUGAGCUCGGCACAGAUGAAGAAGUCACCGAACUGCUCGAGUACACUCUUCAGGUUGCCAGCGUCACUCACAGUAAGCUCAAGAGAGUGGUUGCUGUUCAAGGCGACAAUGGUGUGCCGAAGGAAACUAUCGCAGCUUGCAAGACGGGUGGUGUUAAUUUGGACAUAAUCGGUGCUUUUGAUGAGGAGGGGGAUGGUGACGAUAAUGAUGAUGGAAAAUAG